AUGAACAAAGAACUGAAGGAAGAAAAGUUGUGCCCACCUGAAACUGAAGAAAAAGUACCCAAAAACGAAGCUGAACCUAGUGGACUGAAAGGAAAAACCUGGAAAUCAGAAGAACUGAAAGACACCCAGACAGAAUUCAAGCUAAUGCCAAAAGAAAUAGAACCAAUGCCACCAGAAAGAAAGUUAUCACCAAAAAAAGAGGCUGAUGAAGUCAAAGCAUGUGGAUCGAGACCUGGGAAGACUAAGGAGUUGACACAAGACAAAAGGAGAAUAAUGGCAAUGUAG